UGCUCAGGUUGAACGAAAAGGAAGAUCGGAUACAAUCUCUGGUGGACUGAGCCCUUCUCUGCAACCCGCGAAGAGGUAAAAUCCCUGUGAUUUUGGAAUUAUUUUUUUUCUUAUUGCAACUGGCGCGGUCUCGUUUUCACCUUCUAUUUCCUUGUUGAAUUUCCAUUAUAUAUAAAUUUUUGUUGAGCGAUCUUGGCCGGAAUAAGUAGGUCUAUGAAAAUUAAAUCGAACUUGUUUAUUUUCGUUUGAUGAUUUUGUUUGUUUUGCUCGUAAUGAAGUUGGAGAACAAUGGAUUCGAGGAACACCCCUUUACCGACCUCUCUGGUCCAUGCCUCUGCACCCUCAUCACCCCUGAUACGGUGGAGAGUUGUGAUGGCUAUUACUAUGAGUUUGAAAAUGGUACCACAGCAAUUGGUUUUAUUUUGAACAAGGAAGGUGUUAUGGUAGCUGUUGAUCAUUCAAGCAUACCAUCUGGUUCAUUUCCCCAAAACGUAAUUGUCUUCCAUUCACACCUGCUUACCACUUUUUCUGGCGGGAGUAAAGAUUCGCUUGAACGUUUGCCGGUUUAUCUGCAGAAGAAGUGCCACGAAUAUGAACUCAAGGAGGGGAAAAAAGCUUCUGCUGCAGAAGCAUCCAAGUGGCUGGCUGAUUUUCUGUCCCUUCAUCCUGACAGUGAUGACCGUUUGUCCCUAGGAGUACUAAUUGCUGGGUGGGACAACGAAUUGGGACCUGCCUUGUAUAAAGUGAACGGUAAGGGGAAACUACGUCAAAGUCCAUACCUUGGAGCUGGAUGUGGUUCAAGUGGAUCUGGUGGAUUGAGUUAUAGAGUCCUCGGUAAUUUGUCCCUGGCUGAUGCUACAGAGGUGGCCAAAAAAGCACUCUGUCUUGGUGUAUGUUAUGUUCCUGAAAGUGAGGGAUGUGUGAGUGUUUUCCACGUGGGAUGUGCCGGGGUUACACAAGUGGUCUUUGGUGAUGAUAUUGGCGAAUGGCAGAAUCAUUUCUUCAGCAAAGUGCCCUGGCAGAGGAAGGUUUUGGAGGAUUGCAUGAACAUGGCAAAAAAAAACCUUCGACCUAGAAACUGA